AUGAGCCAGGUUCCCAUCAUCGAUUCUACUCCUCUCUUCACCUCUGAGUCCUUCACUUCUCCGGAAUGCCUCACCACGAUAUCCCAGAUCCACUCCGCGUUUUGUACGUGGGGUAUAUGCGUUCUCACAGGGACCAAUUCCAUCCCACCAGAGCUCACGAAGUCUCUAAGCACUGCCCUGAAUAAAUUCUUUGCACUAUCCUCGCAAAAGAAAGAGGCUCUUCACUUGAAAAACGGAGGAUGGGCAUGGAGAGGGUACAUGCCUUGGGGCGGAGAAGGAUCAAAGGGUAACACAGACCAAAAGGAGGGCUUUUAUGGAGGCCCAGAACUGAACCCUGAGGAAGAGCAUGAGUUGAAGGGUUUGCCGACGUAUGGGAAGAACCAGUUUCCCGAUGAAGACGUGCCUGAGAUGAGAUAUGAUGCCAUGAGCGUGGGGCUCGGUUGGGACAAGGGAGAGAUGAGGAAAAGGCUUCUCGAGCCUGAACCCAUUCAGCUUUUCCGUGCUUUCAAGUAUUCCAAACGCGAUGGAGUUGAAAGCUGUGGCAUUGGAGAGCAUUCGGACUUCGGUUUUCUCACUAUCCUUUCGCAGGACGCGCCAGGUCUCCAAGUCAUGUCCCCUUCAGGCGAAUGGACGGAUGUGCCCGUGAUUCCCAACUCCUUCGUGGUCAAUGUUGGUGACAUUCUCGAUCGUCUCACUUCCGGACUCUAUAUUGCACCACUUCACCGGGUUCUACCACCGCUGCCUGGGUCUGAACGGCUUUCCAUUCCGUUCUUCUUCGAUCCAGCCUGGACAGCUAAGAUCGAGCGUUUCCCUCUUCCUAAUGCUACUAGCAACACUGACCCUACAAAGCUUAAACGCUGGGCACAACGGUCAACUUUUGACAGCCUUCAAGGUAUCUGGGGUCAGUACCUGGGUAUAAAGGUGCAGAAGAUCUUUCCAGAUCUUAAAUUACCUGAGUUCUCUGCAGUUAGCAGACCAAGCACGAGACACCUCAUCGAAGUCAAGCAGGUGUAG